AUGAGUGUAACAGUGGUCAGUGUUACUCUAAAGAGACUAUUCCAAAUGCAACCAAAGACAAAGUACUUGGUGGCUGCAAAUAUCAUAGCAUGCGUGUACGCAGCAUUUUCCCUAGUUCUUUCCUUUGCAAACCGGGGCACAAAGAAGAGCUCACUAGAGGUAUUCAUCAUCGUCCUUGAUAUGUUAAUGGUGGGGCUGCUGUUCUCCGGCAUCGGAGCCGCCACGGCUAUUGGACUAAUCGGGUACAAUGGGAAUUCACAUGUCAAGUGGGAUAAGGUCUGCUAUGUGUUCGGAAGGUUUUGUCACCAGGUGAUCGCAGCAGUGGUCCUUACUCAGUUAGGAGCUCUUGCAUUUAUCUUCCUUGUUGUGCUUGCUGUCUCACGUCUUAACAAGAGGUGUACUUAAGUAAACAAAUCUAGGUACAAUAUCAGGAAUCAGGAUCUAUCUUUUGUGAAACGCAGUAGAGAUUGAAUAUAGUAGAUCGGUAGAUGGGUAAUUACUUUCUGCUUUGAAUGUCAAAGACUGUACCUUUUAAUUGGUAUGCAUGUAAUAAUAAGAAUUUUGAUU